CCUACUCGCCCUCUGACAUCAGCUACCUUCUGUGUAGCUACAGUUUCUCUGCACUCAAAUUAAUCUCUGGCGAUGAAAAAUGAGCCUCUCCCCCACCCUUGCUGCUGCCUUUCACCUCACGCCCCCAGAGAAGAGCUGCUUCAUGAGGCAGCUGGUGAAGGGUUUUUUCCAAGUCACAUGAUCCAGGAUGCAGGGGAGAAUCCUUCUUGGAACCGAGAUGGGCCCAGAACCGAAUCAGAUGAGGAGAGAUAAGGUGUGAUGCGGGGAAGACUAUAUAAGAAUGGGCCCAGGACUACAGCAAGCACUUAACCAAGUGGCCCCUUCUCAAGACACAACCAUGCAGGAGCCAACAGGCUCCGUCACCAGCCACCUGGGAACCACUAGCCGCAGUUAUUUCUAUUUCACCACCACCACACUGGCGCUGUGUCUCGUCCUUGCUGUGGCGACCAUCAUGGUGUUGGUAGUGCAGAAGACGGACUACAUUCCCAACUCACCAGGAAAAUUCCCCCUUAAAGGAGGAAACUGCUCAGAGGACAUCUCAUGUAUCCUGGAAAGGGCUCCAUUCAAGAAGUCAUGGGCCUACCUCCAAGUGUCAAAGCAUAUAAACAAAACCAAGUUGUCUUGGAACAAAGAUGGCAUCAUCCAUGGAGUCAGACAUCAGGAUGGGAACCUGGUCAUCCAGUUCCCAGGUUGGUACUUCAUUAUCUGCCAACUGCAGUUUUAUGUGAAAUGCCCGGGACAUUCUGUCGACCUAAAGUUGGAACUUCUCAUCGACAAAGAUGUCAAAAAGCAGACACUGGUGACAGUGUGUGAGUCUGGAGUGCAAACUGAAAAGAUAUACCAGAAUCUCUCUCAGUUCCUUCUGCAGCACCUACAGGUCAACAGUACCAUAUCAGUCCAGGUGGAUAAAUUCCAGUAUGUGGAUACAAACACCUUUCCUCUUGAGAAUGUGUUGUCUGUCUUCUUAUACAGUAGUUCAGACUGAACCCUUUCUCCUGGCCUCUGUCAUAUAGCACUUCAUCUAUCCAGACACUUGAGCAAAAAAAGAAACUCUAGAACAAGACUGAAACCACAAAGGGUAUUAAAUAGUAUGCUCCUCCUUCUGUCUUUUCGGAAGAUACAACUCCAGGGUUAAAAAGAGAGUUUCAGAUAGAGAGCGGGGAAGCAAUGUGGUGUGGUGGACAGAACCCCACAAGGGAAUCAGAAGGGAUGGGUUCAUGCCCCAACCACUAACUCACAGUAUGACCUGGAGCUAUUCCUUUCCUGUCCUUGGAAUUCAGGAUCCGCAUCUGAAGAAUGAAAGGGCUGGAUUUGAAUCUCUCUAAAGUCUCUUACAUCUCCAAAGACCAGCCUCUCGCAUCACAGAUCUAUGAACUAAGAUUCCAGACAGUGUUCUGGAAGCCUCCAACCAAAGGGAAGGCCCUCACACCAGUAUAAAACCAAUGGCACUAACAUCAUCUGGUUGCAUGUCACCUCCACAGAGUCAGAAUUUGGAGACAACGUUCAGGGCACCUUGACAAAUGGUGUGAAUUGUAGGACCUAAAAUGUGUAAAAAAAAAUGCCAAAUUCCUCUGAAUUGAAGAGGCUUUGUGGGUCCAUUCCAGUGAAGGUGGACAAUAACACAACAGAUGGUUUCUGGUUUUCAGGAAAGUGCUGUGCGUUCAGCCAACUCUUAAAUCGAGCAUGUAGUGGUCCAAAUGAUGUGGUCAUUUGGUCAGGGCAUAGCUGCUGCCAUCUCCCUCAUGAGUUCAUUCUGUCCCCUGCUUCAAACACCUCUCAGAAAACCAUUUCUGGACAGGGUUCGUAAAGCCCCACAAAGUUGUUAAUAGACAGUGAUGACCCUGAAGACACUGAAAAGGACUCCUGAGCAAAGCCAGGUUUCACUCACUACAUCAACUUUGACCACUGCCCAUCAUCUUUGAAGGAGCAUCUUACUGUUUGAAAAGUCCAUUGGACUAGAAGCGUAAGCCCCUGAGGUUAUGUUUCAGAAAGAAAAGGGACCUUUAACUCUAUGCAAAUUAGUGAAGUGAAAUUUGCGUUUUUCUCAGGAAAGGGGAAAGGAAAGAAAAGAGUAAGAAUUCAGGAAAGUUUAUCAGAGAAAGAUUAGAAAAGACUUAAAAGAAGAAAAAAUCAUCAGUGGUGGUAUGGAUGAGAGGAAUUCCGGAGAACAGAAAUGACUAAGAGAAAAUUUUAAGUGAGUAGCUGAGCAGCAUACUCUGUUGACUCCUCCUCCAUCAGUGAAUUAUUCAGUAAAGGUCCUACAAUUUCAGUCUACACUGAAAUGCUUUCUGUAAGUAGACUCUUUGGGAGCAAGGGGCAUUGGAAGAGGUGUGAUCUGAGCAAGCCAAGCCAAGUGGUAUGUGGUAAAAACAUAGGCAGGUUUUGAGGACCUAAAGCUGGAGAAUAAGGAGGCCUCUGCCAUUUGAGUUAUAACCUAACUCUACAGGGCAAAUGAAUCUUGCUUUAGACCAACUCACGCAUCCUUGAAAAUGUAUCUGCAACCCAAGCACGCGCAAAUUAAGCACAUUUUUUUUACCAUUUCGCCUUCCAACUCAAGAACUAUUCCAUUUGCACUUUUCACCAACGAUCUUCCAAGCAGAGGCACCUGACUUAGACAUUGCGAGUGGUUGCCAAACUCAGGCUCUAUCAAGCCAACACCUAAAGACACAGGGGGCACAGCAUUGAAAGGAAUCUUGUAGCAAGACAAAACAGUAAGAGAGUAAUCUCUAGUCAGUCACCUAAUAGUUACACAGGGAGUGGACGACCUAAUAGUUAUAUAAGGAGUGGACAACCUAGGAAGUUCAAAACUAAAGUUACUCCCUGAGAGUUAACCAGCCCCUGGACAUACUGUAAGCAAAUGACACCAUCUUUGCCAGUAAAAUAAAUGAUUUUUGUAACUGGGAAGUCAGGCUACCUGAAACAUAUGCCUCUUUGGUAAAAACUUAACUGCACUUCUCCACCCCCACAACACACACAUACACACACACACACACACACACACACACACACACUAUACUUGCAGAACUUGUAGAAGAGCAUGAAUUGAUGAAAAGUAACAAGUCAAUAUAGACUAAAUGUAUUGCUGCCCUUGGGAAAAUUCAUACCACUAAUUCAUUCCCACACAAGGACAAAGCCCUUAGUUAAGAGGACAGUCAGUUUGUCAUCUCCACAAAGAUCCUGAGAGAUCAGCUAACCCAACAUUUGAAUGGAAGCCCAAUAUAAGGCAGGGACUUGGGGAGUCCUUACCCAUGUUUAGUAGCAGCACCAGGGUCUGAGCCCAGCCUCCUGACUCCUGUGUCCAUCAUUUCCCACCAGGCUUUAUGGGUCCCCUUCUGCAGCUCAUCUGUAAUUCCGCAGGCCAUAUCUUCCCAGCCCUGCAGUGCAGUAUUCCCAGCACUCAGGGCUGUCCUCUGCUCUGCCUGGCCCCCACUGCAGUCACCCCGGGAUCACACUCUAAUGUGAGACCCAGUUGGUCUGUAGACUCAAUACAUGGUCAAAUCUCAGGGAAAGGUCAGUGUCCCAUGAUAUAAAAGUUCUAUCUCUUAGAAACUGAAGAAAUAUGUAAGGCUGGUAUUUUUUCCAAUAAAAAAAUUAGAAACUUGUUUUAGUUUGAAAUUAUGUGUAUAUGUGUUAAUGCAUUAUGUGUGUACAUCUAUAUAUCUCUAUACAUGUGUACAUGUGUGUGCACUAUACACAUGUGUAUUAUAUAUACCUAUAUGUAUCUGUGUGUGCACUUUAUUUAGUAAUUGUUUUAAAGGUCAUCUGCAUAUUCUGGGGUCAGGAGAGGGAGCCUGAUUCUUGCUCUGGUCAUUACAAAAUUUAUAUUCAUUUCUAUUUAUUUUUAAUUAUAAAAAGAACAGAAAAUAAUAUUUUUUCAUGCCUUACCAGCCUAUUUAAUAACUAUUAAUAUUUUGCUAUAUCUGUCUCUGCUUCUUUUGAAAAAUAAAAUAAUACAUAUAGAACUAAAGUCUCAUUCCUCCAUCCAUGUCCCUACACCUUCUCCAGAGAAUAACUAUUGACUGGAAGUUUGUGUGUUCCCUUCACUUACAUGAAUUUAUACUUUUUCUCCCAUAAAAUUAUAUAGUAGAGUUUAGAGUAGCUUUUAAAAUUUCAAUAAAUGAUAUCAUACUUUAUAUAACAUUUUGUGAAUUGAAUGAUUUCACGUAAGUUUUUGAGAUUUAUGCAGACGGAUACAUGUAGUUCUAGCUCAUUCAUUUAACUGCCAUAUGCUAAUAUUUCAUUAUUUAAAUAUCCCACAUUUGCCCAUUCUUCUAUAGAUGAACUUUUAUUUUGCCUAUUGGUUUUGCUAUAAUAAGCGCAUCUUCUGUACAGCUCCCACUGCUUGUUGCCAUUUUUCUAUGCAACAAAAAUAGUCUUCAAAAACUAUAAACAUGGCAGUUCCUCCUUUAGCCACAAGAAACACAUUCCAAGACCCACCCAGUGGAAGCCUGAAACCACAGAUUGCACCGAACCCUAUAUGUACUGUUUUUUCCUAUACAUAUGCCAAUACAUACCUUUUAACUUAGAAAAUAAAAGCAAUUAACUUUAAAAAAUUAAGGGCUUCUCUGUGACAUACUGGAAUUGCCAGCAUCACUACUCCUGUAUUUUGAGGCUAUUAUGAAGUAAGAGAAGGGUGACUUGAACACCAGCACUGUGGUACCGUGAUAGUCAGUCUGAUAACCAAGACGGUUUAUACGUGACUAAUGGGCAGGGAACAUGUAGGGCCUGGAUCUCAUGGACAGAGGGAUGAGUCGCAUCUCGACUGGGAGCUGCUCGGCAUGAGAUUUCAUCACAGUCCUCAGAACAGCCUGCAAUUUAACAUUUACGAAUUGUUUAUUUCUGGAACCUUCCGUGUAAUAUUUUCAGACCACAGUUGACUGUGGGUAAGUGGAAGCAUGCAAAAUGGAACCACAGUUGAAGGAGACUGCCGUAGUAGCCUGAACCUACUGAAUCAACUGUGGCUAGUGAAAUUAGACCCCUGUGGUCACAGCUCCUGAGCCAGAGCUUUGGAAUCUGAAUAGUUCUUCCUACCUUUCUUAAUUAAGCACUUCUUUGCUCUGUGCACCCACUCUGCACACAUCAUGAGUGCCCAUGUGGUGUCCUGCCCCCUGCCAGAUGCCAGGCUAUGACCCAGUGUUGUAGGAGACCAUUCUGCGUGGCGUGGGCCCACCUCCCACUGGGAAAUGCACAGGACCCACAUCCACGGAUAGGUUCUCCCGUGGGGGAUCAGGCCUGCUAUGUACCUAGGCCGCUUUGAGUCUUGCUUUUUCAAAACAACUCCCUCACCUGGAUUUGUGGCAAACGUUUACAGCAAAUUUCCUAAAAACAAUGCUAAACCUUCCAAGGACCAGUGUAACCAGUUCAACCACUCUUGCCUUUCCAUUUGCUAAUAUCCCGCUUCUGUGAUGUGUUACCAGCAUCCUCUCCAUUGUUUUCUGUGAAAGGUAACUGCCUAAAGUGAACCUGUGCAUAGUAAAUAAGGUCCAUCUUGUAAUGUGCCAGGAAACCCAAUAAAGGACAUCCUGGCAAGGGCCACAGCUUUUGCUCCCCUUGAGAGAAAAGCCAUGCCCGCUCUUUUCCUCCACAGGACUCAGUAGUC